CGGGUGUAGUGUACGAGGAUACAGGAACUCGCCCUGAUCGAUCAUAUUGCAAGGAUACUAACACAGCUAUGACGUCACACCACAUGCAAUGCUGCUCCCUGGGCAAUUGCGCAACCAUUACGUGCAGACUGGACAGCCUUCUAGCGACGAGCACAGCGAAAGGAGAAGUCGUUAUAAAUAUCAAGUCAAGAAUCUGGAUAAAUACUUUACUUGAGGUAAACCUUACAAAUUUGAGGAUAUCAUCGCGUGCUUCAGCUGUAACUAAAGGUAGCUACUAUGCCAUACCAUUCGAUGUUCAUCCUGCCGCUAACUAUACGAUUACAACGGAUGUAUCCGAGUACGUGGAAGUAGACGAACGGAAGAAACACAUCCCGAUCUGGAUUUAUAUAGUUGCUGCAUCGGUUGGACUUCUUAUUGUUAUACUUUUAAUUCUCAUUUUGUGGAAGAUCGGAUUCUUCAAGCGGAAGAAGAUCACUCCCGAACAGAGGAAGAAAAUGGGCCAUUCCGAAUCCUCAAGAUCACAAAAGUACGUCCCCUACAGCUAUAGCACAUGCCGAUCUUUUCCCAAUUGAUCCUCAAGCAACUAACUGCGCGCGCAAUCUUGAGUGUUCGCAGGGUUGCUCUUCGUCUAUUCGUCUUUAGUGGCUUAUACCAAAAAUCGCACAUCUUUGACAUACAUUGUUCAAGAUGUUAAAAUUGAAAAUGAAUCAUUUUGAAUAAUGAGUUGAUAAAAUGCUUUGUGUUAUUGCAACAUUUGUAAAAUCAAAUACACUCGUUAGACAUUGAUAUAGUAAUAUAUUCCAUUCUAAAUAUUUUGGUAUCUGCAAUAACAUUUCUAGUCUUUCCAAAAUGGCUUCCAAUUUAUUACUAUUUGCCAAGCUUUGAUAACAAUGAAUUGAAAUAACUGAAUUGUCAGAAGUACAAAAAGGUGGUAUGUAACUUGUAAUCGAUGAUUACCUAUGAUUGAAUGAUUGAAAAUGAAACAAAUUAAAUUCAAUUAUAACAUGACGUUAACUGAAGAAAGGCUUAAAGACUGUCAUCUACUGGGGAUUUUUGUUUUGCUGGGGGGGGGGGCUAUCAUUGUUGCACAUGAUAGUAACGAUCCAUUGUUCUCUUUGGCCAAUCAGCGUCAGUGUUAUAAAAACUGACAUCAGUAAACUUUACACUGAUUGGUUAGUGUCUAAUAAUAAAUUAGUUGUAGCCUGCUUCGAAUGCAUUGAAAACUGCUUGGGGGUACUGUACGUUGAAACAAACAACGACGUCCGGAAAUUUCCGAAAUCUGGCCGAUUUAAUUUCGUGCAAUUUCGGGGAUCGGUUCAACUUCGGCUUAGAGCAAGAGGGGGAAAUCGGCUAGUUGGUAGCACCGAAAAACUGAAGUGAUCUCUGGAAUCUGGAAUCGUCUGUACGCCGUCUUAAAGUGUGUUGCAUCCGCUUUUUAACUUCUCCUCUCUGUUUCAUGGAAUGCUUUCCAGCAUGACACAUUAGUUAGAGUAGAAUAUUUUCACUUUGUAUUUACAAAGAUUGAUAUUACAAAUAUCAAUGCUAUUAUAUUAAUAACGUUAUUUGAAUAUUCAAAACUUCUGAAGUCAGAUUCACUUUGCAAGACAACAAGUACAAUGUGUACAGCGCUUAGAACCUGUAGGUUAAGGCACUAGUUGAAAUUCUGGUUCAUUUUCUUCUUCAAAAAAAAAUGAUAUUACAACGAGUAGAAUUUCAAAUAAAAUAAAAAAUACAUGUACCUUAAUAUAUUUUAAUGAUAAUGGUAGAAACAAUUUACACAGUAAAACCAGGGACUUGGAAGACAAGUCCAAGUCCCUGGUAAAACUAUAUAGA